UGCUGCUCAACAAAUCCCUUUCCAUCACCCACCUCAGAUCAUGGCUGAGGGAAGGAGGACCCGGGACAAGGAGGAUGACCUGCCUUUCUACCUGGCCAGGCCCGGGACAGCCAGCCAGGUCCCGAGGCAGAAAUACGGCGGCAUGUUCUCCGCGGUGGAGGGAGCGUAUGAGAGUAAGACCUUGGACUUCGAUUCGCUCAGUGUGGGGCGGAGGAGUUCCCGGAGCUCCCGGAGCCCCGGACAGCGCGAUGGGUCCCGGGAUCCCGAGGCUUCCAGCGACACGGCCGGUGUGCCCGGUGUGCCCGGUGUGCCCGGUGAGCUUCCCGAACCGAUACACACAGCCGACACCCCGGGGGUGGAGAUCAAAGUCGCUCACGGCAAAGAGAGGCUGCAAAACCGGGAUGACUUGAAGAGUGACCGGCUGCUGAUCAAAGGGGGCCGUAUUGUCAACGAUGACCAGUCCUUCUACGCUGAUCUUUACAUGGAGGAUGGGCUCAUCAAGCAAAUGGGCGACAACCUGAUUGUACCUGGAGGAGUGAAGACCAUCGAGGCUCAUGGCAAGAUGGUUAUACCAGGGGGAAUCGAUGUGCACACGCACUUUCAGAUGCCCUACAAGGGGACGACCACCAUAGAUGAUUUCUCUCUGGGAACCAAGGCUGCCCUGGCAGGUGGAACCACUCUGAUAAUCGACCACGUGAUCCCCGACCCUGAGACCGGCGUCAUCGCAGCUUACGAGAAGUGGCGGGACUGGGCGGACAGCAAAGCCUGCUGCGAUUACUCGCUCCACAUGGACAUCACUGACUGGAACGAGGGCGUCAAAGAGGAGAUUCAGACUCUGGUCAAAGAGAAAGGUGUGAACUCUUUCCUAGUUUACAUGGCGUACAAAGAUUACUAUCAGAUGUCAAAUGUGGAGCUCUAUGAAAUCUGCAAGUACGUGGGAGAGCUUGGGGGGAUACUGCAGGUCCACGCUGAAAACGGUGACAUAAUUGAUCAGGAACAAAAACGCUUGCUGGAAAUGGGGAUCACAGGUCCAGAGGGACACGUGCUUAGCAGGCCAGAGGAGCUGGAAGCAGAAGCUGUAUUUCGUGCAAUCACGAUCGCUGGCCAGACCAACUGUCCCCUUUAUGUCACGAAAGUAAUGAGUAAGAAUGCUGCUGACAUCAUCGCGCAAGCCAAGAAAAAAGGGAAUGUUGUCUUUGGGGAGCCAAUCAGUGCUAGUCUUGGGACAGAUGGAACACACUAUUGGAGCAAAAACUGGGCCAAAGCUGCCGCUUUUGUCACUUCCCCACCCCUGAGUCCUGAUCCCACCACUCCAGAUUAUCUGGUUUCCCUCAUAGCAAGCGGUGACUUGCAGGUGGUCGGAAGCAGUCACUGUACAUUCAGCACAGCACAGAAGGCGAUCGGUAAGGACGAUUUCACCCAGAUUCCCGAGGGCACAAACGGAGCAGAAGAACGAAUGUCCAUCCUCUGGGACAAGGCAGUGGCCACUGGAAAAAUGGAUGAGAACAUGUUUGUUGCUGUAACAAGCACCAACGCUGCCAAAAUCUUCAAUCUCUACCCAAGAAAAGGGAGAGUAGCUGUAGGAUCGGAUUGUGACCUGGUUAUCUGGGAUCCUGAUGCAGUGAAGACGGUUUCUGCCAAAACUCACCAGUCGGCUGUAGAAUACAACAUCUUUGAAGGGAUGGAAUUGUUUGGCGCUCCUAUAGUUGUGAUCAGCCAGGGCAAGAUUGUCCUGGAGGAUGGAAAUCUGCACGUGACCCCAGGAAGCGGACGCUUUGUCCCUUGCAAGCCCUUCUCAGACUAUGUACACAAGCGCAUCAAAGCACGGAAGCAGUUGGCAAAGGUCCGUGGUGUGCCAAGGGGAAUGUACGAUGGCCCAGUCUAUGAUAUAGGCACUCCUAAAGCAGGAACCCCUUCAGCAUCAGCUAAGACAUCUCCUUCCAAACAGCCCCAACCAGUGCGAAAUCUACACCAGUCUGGCUUCAGCCUUUCAGCGACCGUCUCAUUGCUUGCAGGGGCUCAGGUUGAUGACGGCCCACGCCGCAGUGGACAUCGCAUCGUUGCCCCGCCAGGCGGCCGGUCAAACAUCACCUCGCUGAGUUGAAGACCGAGAGGAGGAGCAAAGGAAGGAAAGAACGACAACAUUGUGCUGUAAUGAUGACGUUAUAUUAAAAAAAAGCAAAAGAUUAAUUGUGUUUUGUCCUACAAAAAAAGGUUACAUUGGAUUUGAACGUUAACAACGCCACAAGCCUUAUCAAUGAGCAAUGUUACUUUGCCAUAGCUUUAAGAAUGUGUUUUCCAUUUAUUUAGCCUUAAGCUGUCACAGUUUACAAGUUAACAGUAAGGAUGCAAAGAUUACAGUUUUUGUUUUAAUUUAUUUGUUUUAAAAAAAAAGCAGUCUGUUUGCUAAAAUAUCAUCUUCCUCCUGCUUCUCCCUGGAGAUUGCUGUUGCAUUUCACAGUGAAAAUCUUCACUCCUCCCUUUUUUGAACUCAAAUUUAGCGCACUUCUGGACGUAGUUUAGAGGAAGCACGAUACAGAGCUGCAUUUGGUGCUGGCAUUAAACUAACCCAGUCUGAGGGUGGACCCACCACCCCUCCAUGCUCUAUAUGUAACACUCGUUUUGUGGAUCUUUUGCCUAAUUGUAGUGUCAGUUUAGAGAAAAAAAAAGCCAUAUUUUAUGUCGUACAAUGCUUUUCACGUCUUCUGUUCUGUCUUGGCUUUAACUUCAGUGGAGCCUUAAGGUAUUGUAGUCCAGUUUAUUAGGUUUUUAUAUUGUAAACAUUGUUAGCUGUAACUGGGUCCCUGUAAGAUUAUGUCCUUAACAGAAACCAGUGUAAAAUGAUCCUGUAUGAGGCAUUGGUACAGUGUUCAUGUGACUGCAGGUCCUUUAAAGGCACAUAUGCAAUUUACACACAACGUGGAGCUUAUUUUAAAUGUGCACUGUUUCAUUCAGCCACAGCACCAAGUUCAGAUUGUCGCUACCUUGAAGUGGGAAUUGUAAAGCAUUACCCUUUUUUUGUCUAGUUUUAAAUGCUCUAGCACACUUUCCUUUCCCUUAAAGGGAAAGGGAUAGUGUCCAAAUGAUUGGCUCUGCCCCAGUGGCUCUCAGGCUUUGCAUUUACAAAUCACAUUCAUUCAAGUCUGUAAUUCUUCAGCCUGAUUUUUCCAAUCGCCAGUCAGUUUAGAUUGAAAAUGCCUAAAGCAAUGAGGGAGCCAGACAAGUGGGUGGAUGAUAAAGCCAGGCAUGCCCACAGUAAUCCAAGGCAUGAUAAUGUUGGACCAGCCUGACAUUCUGAUUGAUAAAUAAACAAAAUAAUUAUUUAACAAUUUCUCAAACAAAUCUGCAUAAUCCCCUUUUAGUUCAUUGACAGGAUGUCAAAUAAGAUCUGUAAUUUUAUUGCAAAAGGAAAACAUAGGCGUAAUAAACAAACAGCACUUGGGAAGCAGUUGGUGAAAGGGUUAAUGCACAGUUAGGCCUUGGGUGUCUGCUUCCAGUGGGUUUACAAUUCACAGAAUGUAAAAUCAAAUCACCCUCUGACCAAAUUCACACUUUACUACAAAAUUGAUUUUCGGAAUCACUUUACAUCCACCCCAAACAGUUCAGAUUAUUCUCCAAACCAGUCCAAUUCUCCUCUCCCCUCUCUGUCCCAUCAUUUUGGACAAUUUCCAGCAUGCUGUAAUCGGUGCAUCCUUCCGAAAGGUAACAAGAUCUAAUACAUUAUGUGGCAAUUUCUAAUGGGAUUCCUGCUAUAAAUAGGAAGCCAAAUGUAGGCUCCUUCCGGUAAUCGGUAGGAAAUCACGCCAGGCUAUGGGAACUUAACUCCGAAAGUAGAUUCCAUAGAAACUCCCAUAGUUCAGCAUGAUACUUGUUUGCUUUUUUUUAAAGCAACCCACAAGAAUUUGGGCCAUAAUAGAUCCCACUAGCGCUGAUAGAUAUCUGUAAAUCCUACUGCAUGAUGGUGAAUUUUCCAGGACUUGGCUCAUUAAGUUGUACAUUGUUUUGUAGAUCUCUUCCCACUUCACUGUGUGUGUGUAUAUAUAUAUAUAUGGUGUAUUCAUUUAUGUCCAUGCUACCUCUGAAUGCCACCUCACUGACCAAGUAGGCAUCAGAAUAUCUUUGUGUUGAUGAUAGAGUGAUCCUAUUUUCAGAAACAUUUCUGUGUGCUCUUAUUAAUUGGCAGUGUUUUCUACAAUUGUAUCGUAAGAAAGCAGAGUACGACAGUAAAACUCACAAAAGUCAUAUCAAUGGGGACCAUAACAUGCCUUACGUGAAGUCCGAGCUACAGGCAAACUGUAUGAGUUGUACAAAAUCCAAUUUAAUCAAUAUCUACAUUGUGCAUGUGUAAUUCAAUGAGUUUCAAGUUUCCCAUGAUUCAAUGAGUCUUGACCCGUCGCCACAUGUGCACUUCCCGCCAAAUAUUGGAAUCGCAUUAAAUCACAAGAAAUGAAGUUCUUCUGCGCAUGCGGCGGCAGGUCAAGACUACGUUUCCUGUGGUUCAAUGCAGUCGGCCAAUAAGUGCACAUGCAUCGACGGGUCAGGACGUCAUCUCUCGCUAUUCAUUGCAGCUGGGAAAUGUGGGAGUAAUGGAAGAUCAGGGAGCGGAGUUACGAGUUAGGAGAUGAAUUGUUUAUAAAGUACGGCUAGUGCAACAAAAUCUAAGUGGAUUGGAUAGUAAACUAAAUGGAACUCGGGUGCAUGUACGGAUUAGGCAAUUAUAUGAUUUCUAAAGAUAAGACUUAUGCGAAUUUUACUGUAUUUCUAAACAGUUCAGUUUUUUUUUCCUCUCAACUGUUGCAUGUUGAUGGAGUUUGCAUGGUACAUUUAGUUGGUUUCAAUCCAAAGUAUCAAGGAUGCUGUUAAACCCUGUAAACUAAAGUGAUCACCCAACACCAGGUCAUUUAUUAUUAAAGACUUCCCUUCCACCCCCUCCACCCAAAUUUGUUAGCUCGAUCUACUCAAUGAGUGUGUCAGAAGGCAAUAAAAUAGCAAAUUGCCUCAGGUCAACCAGGAAAUACAAACAUUAGAAAUCAUUGACAGCUCAUAGCAUGGGGGAAGGAAAGUUCUUUAAGUCAUUUUCUUGCCUGGAUCCUGUAAAAUCCCACUUUGCUUAUUUCAUCUCCAGUCAGAAAUGUCUAUAGACUUCUCCCCUAGAUAACCGACCAAACUGUACACAUGCAUCUCUGUAAUUUAUGCCUGGCUGGUCAUUUUCUACAGAUGAUCAUCGCCAUGAUCUCAGAAGCCUGGGAACAUUCAUUUCCACAGAGUGUACGAUCAUCUCAGUCUUCUUGUUUGUGUGAAAGAUUGAAAUUAAUGUCCCUCUGUAUAUAAUGCUGCCUUUUGGAGUUACAGCCAACCCGUUUUAAAAUCAUAGAGUGUUUGUAGCACAACAGGAGAUCAUUUGCCCCAUCAAGCCCAUUGCUGAUGCCAGCUUACCCCACUGGCAUGACCUGCUCUUUCCCACUGAUUUGUGAUCAUCCAAAAAUGGACUAAUAGAUCCUAUGGUGUACUGGAAGUCACGUAAAAAGGAUCUCCAAUUACUUUUACAAAGAGACCAGUGUUUUUCCAUUGCAUCAGUCGUGCGCCAAAUUAUAAAUCGGAUCCGUUGUAUUGCUUAUAGUAACUUCAGUCAAUUAGCCGUCUAACCAACAUUUAAUGAGACAUUUAACUGAGACUCACCAGGAAGACCCUUCUCAGUUAAAUGUCUUAGUUUCAGAGAUGUCUUGCCCUCUGCUUUCUUAAUUCCAGUUUGAAGUGUGGGUGGGUUGAGAGGUGAGGGGGGACAGUUCUCAGACCGUGUGUUGGGUUGUUUGUUUCCGUGUUGCCCACAGUGGUUCAGUGCACAUCUUAAACUAGCAAACACACACUAAAGUCACAUCAUGUCCACAGUACUUAAUGCGAUUUGAACAAUUAAAUAACCAAUUUCUUCCAAAACCUGUUUUUUAGAAGGUGUGAGGACAACGUUACCUAGGUGAUUGAUGUUUAGGAAUCAUUUAGUUCUUUCUUAUAUUUAAUUGCGUUUGUAUCUACAGUACAAGUAUGGAACUAAUAAAUUUAUGCAAAUAUGGCUUCA